CAGAUGCCACAGCUGUGCUAUCUGUCACCACUUCACCAUCGUGAUUGCAGCUCUCACGCCCUUCACUCCAUCGCCAUCAGUCACAGGUCGACAGCGCGCGGAGCAAAGACCGGACUGCCCUCGAUCCUGCUCACGCGAGCAAAUGGCGCUAGCGGCUCUCAUUACCGACUCCAUCAACGAAUAUCCUUGAUUCCUUUUCUGUGACCUGGCGAUAAGAGAACCUGGUCGAGAAUUGCUCUCAACAGCCUUUACGUUUGCGUCACUAUCUGUUGCUACCAGUGUCGCUGGGCUGACAACCUGCUCUCACAUGCCCAGCUCAGCGGCACUGGAGCGAUUGUCAAUCCAGUGAAGUCGGUGUUGCCACUGCUCGGUCACUAUGAAGAUCACCAAGGCACCCAAAAGGCUCGCUGAAGCCAACGAUGCCGUCAAGACCCUCCUAUUGCAGAUCUCUGCAGCCACAGAUGACGAGCUUCCACCGAUCUUAGAUGGCAUCUCAGAGUGGUGUUGGCCUCGCGGAGAUCUUCACUACUGGACCGCUACACUGAACAGAUUUGAUGACAUUCUGGCAGAGACCUGCGCCGACUACGACUUGUCUCAUCUGCAAAUCAACGACUUCACACCCAACCGCAAAAGGCUUUUGGUUUCGGUGCUGCGAUUCUCAAGGCUUCUCCUGGAAAAUUGCACGAAUCGAAAGCUCUACAACUCUUUCGAGCACCUCAAUGUGCUGCUCGCGACUCCAGAUGUCGAUGUCCUUGAGGCGACUCUGCGAUUGAUUCUGCGACCAGCUCAACAGUAUAGCAGCCAAGGAGGCGGUCGAAGGGCAGAAUUUGCCAUCUCACCCGAGCGUCUGAAUGCGCUAGCUGUCACUUGGGCGCCACGAGAGCACGGGGUCGACAUGGUCGAAUGGGCGCGCGACGAUGCUUCAUUUCCAGCCGAGCUAUCUCACGUGAAGUUCCACUUCUACAGGCAUCGAAGCCACAAGAAUGCUCCUUACCAUUCGGACAGCCAUGUUGCCGGACGAAACAGCGAUGCAGCAGAGCCUUUCGCGGCUGCCACGCCACAGCGGCCAGGCCGGACACCUUCUCGCCAACAGCCAACAGCAAGCGCUUCUGCCGCCAGUGGUCUGUCAUUUGUGCCUGCUCCUGUCUUCCCCACGACUCCCACGCCGGCCGGCAGACCACGUGGUCAAAGUCCUCCGGCUCCAAGUGGAAGCAACCAGCCUUCGCAGGAAGCUCCUCGCGACUUGCAGAAUGAAGGUCUCGUCGCAGUCGACCUGGGAAACCUCAUGCACACGGCCCGGAGGCUUGUCGACGUUCUGGCAGAUGCUGUGGAAAAGUAUUCCAUCCCAUCCGAAGACCAUUUCGAGCUACUCCAGAAAGUGCGGCUGGCUAUGGGGGUCAAAGAUGCUGCUUUGCGACGUCAGUUGUUGGUCUGCAGACUUCUCGCAGUCGCUAUCUAUGCUCACACGACGCCCGAGUCGACAGCAUCCACACAGCUCUUUCUGUACGAGCCUGAUAUCGUUCAGCGCCUUGCCAGAGUGGUGGAUCCGAGCUCCCGAGUCGGGACCGUCAUUCAAUCAGGCGCUUUCUACGCAUUGGAUGCGUUGGGCCGCUACCGUGGCAAAGUCAAUGAUGUGCUCACAGCCGUCAACGCAUCGGCGAAUCACGGCAUUCUGCUGCACGUGCUGAGAGACCUUGUCGGCAUCUUGUCGACUGGCGAUGAAGCGCAACCGGACGAUCGAUUGAUCGACGCUCUCUUCGGUUUCGUCAGCUUUGUGACGUCGACUGUUGUGGGCUCAAACAUGGUUGUCAGCGCUGGUCUGCUACCGCUCCUCAUCAAGCUGGUAGAAAAGACGAGCACGCGAGCAUACAUGCUGCAGCGAACGGUCACCAGAGCCGUGGGUCUCAUCGACAGCGUGCUGUACGCCUAUCAGCCAUCAUUCGGCCUCUUCUGUGCGGCUCGCGGACUUGACGUCUUCGUUGCUCGCAUCGAGUCCGAAGUAAAGGAAGACGUUGAAGAUUACGCGGAAGGCAAGCCGCCCCAAGACAAAUCUACAGGUGCAGACCAUCCCGACAACCUGUAUGGGCGUCUUUCCUUCGGUCGGGCGCAACUCUUGCGCCAUCUUUGCAAGAGCAUCUCGCACAUGAUGUCGACCACUGGAACUGCCGAAGGGCUGCGCAAUUUGAUCGAUUCGAGCCUGCUCAGUUCCAUCAAGCGCAUCUUCCAACAUAGACGCGUCUUUGGAGGCCAAAUCCUGGCACUCUCCAUCCACAUCAUGGCGACCUUCAUCCACAACGAACCUACGAGCCUAGGCAUUGUGCAAGAAAAGCAAAUCCCGCAAGCUUUCCUAGAUCUUGUCGAAGAAGACAUCGAGGCAAAUUAUGACGUGAUCGCAGCUAUUCCCAAUGCCAUUGGAGCUCUGUGCCUCAAUCAGAGUGGGAUCGACUUGCUCAACUCGAGGCCUUUGGUGCCGAAAUUAUUCGCGCUGUUCACCUCGACCCGCUACACGAAAGUGUUGGCUGAUCGCGACAACGCUAGCUUGUUCGGCAGUUCCAUCGACGAGCUCGUCAGACACCAGCCAAGCGUCAAGCAAAGCGUGAUCGAAUGCGCCGUUCGAUGCCUCAAGGACAUUGAGGUGUCUGGACAGAAGAUGGAGAUUGGGGCAGACGAGAAGAAGGGCUAUCUCUUGCUGCCCGUGCCGCAGGAAGAGCAGACUGACGUCGAGAUGAGAGAUGCAACGGGCGGGAUCCAAUCGAGUGCACAGAAUCAGGCCGCUGCGAGAGAAAAUUCAAGUCAGCAAAGCGGUGACGAGGAGAUCAUACUCGACGAACCGGAGCUUUUCCCACUCCGCCCCAAGACUGCGGCUUUGACGCGCGACGGAUCUGGACGAGAGAAUGAGGUGAUUGGCUACAUCGAAGUCGCUACACGGUUCUUGGAUGGUCUGUUUCAGACCACUGGGCAUUGUAAAGACUUCUUGAAGCAAGAUGGUCUUAGUCGACUCUUGGCUCUGUAUCGGCUGCCUUGCUUGCCAUACGACUUUGUGAACAGCGUGGCCAACGACAGCCUCGUCACGCUGAUACGUUUUAUUGUGGAAAUUAGUCCCCACACCGUGCUGAAUGCCGUGCUAGAGCACGUCAAAUCUUGCCUCUUCGAAGCGCAUGAGGCGGGCCUGCUUCAACCAAUUUCCAGGGACGCGCGCACGUCGUCAGCUCUCCUUGAAUUAGCGAAGCCUUCUGACGAAGAAAGCGCCAAAGCAGCAAAUUUCAAGUUCCGUCUUUUAGUCAACCUGAACGCUGCCACGCACCUUCUCGCCGACAUUGCGCCCACGUUUGGCUAUAGCGGAUCAAAGCUUCCAACCACACUUUUCACCACGCUCAACAGCGCCUCUUCUCUGCUAGCCACCAAGCCGGUCUCCAUCGAGCAGCUUGGCGAUCUGCAACGCGUAGCAGCGUGGGAGAAUGUGCAGUUGAAGGCAGCUACGGCUAGUGUGACCUCAGCGGACAUCGCAACAGCCUCGUCUAGCAGUCGAUCCAAAGCUUCCUCUGACCCCACUCCAUCACCCAGGGCGGAGGACACGGCGAACGAUAAUGCGAUGGUCACUGGCAACAGCGAUCAAUCAUCAACAACUGCACGGCUGCCGACUUCAAUCUUGCCGAAGAAGUCAUCUUCGGAUUGCGACCCGUACCACUCGAACGUGGUAGCGUUGCGACACCUCUCCUCAUCGUUGCCCUCGUCCAUCGUCUCUUUCUUCUUGGAGACCAGUCGUUUGCUUACCGAGCGCCGCUCCAGCGACAGCAAUCAUCGCAAGCAGGCUCACACUGCCUCACUUGCUUUUGCGAAGGUUCUGGUCAAUUGCUUGUCCUGGCAAGACUCUGAUAGACCAGUCGAGAGCCUGACGUUCGCCACCACAAUGGCUGGCUUCGCCUCCAGUCUCCUAUACGACGAUCGACCUCAUGGCUCAGGCGUUUUCGCUCAGACGCUCACGCUUUCGGCUUUUGUCAAACAGGAUGGUUUGCAAGUCGUUCUCGAGAACUACGACCGCUGCAAUUCCGAGAUCUCGAAGCACUUCGAUGCAAGCGGCCAGCACUUGCAUGCAGAUGCCGCGCCAGAUCGCGCGAGUCUCGGCCACGCAUGCGGCAGCCUUAGGGUCUCGCUGGUAUUGCUUCAGCGCCUCGUCUCUUCCAAAGCCAUCGAGGAGUCGCCAGCAACGGCAAUGAUGUCCGCGCGCGCAGGCGCUCGGCCCGUCGUCGACGACUUCGACGCUGCAAACCUUGUGGUGCGCAUCAGGUCAGAAGUUUUGCCAAAAGUGCAGCAGACUUGGCAGCAGCCUUGGCUGGCUCAAAUGCCCUUGAGCAUCACCCGCGCUCUCAUAUCGACACUAAGUCCAAUUCUGGAGGCUCAGGGUGAAGCUGCACAAAAAGCUGAGCCGAACACUAGUUCCUUGUCUGCCAGUCGUGCUGUGAGUCGUGACACAAACGCGGCAAGCGGCAGUCUCGGUAAUCUCCAACGCAGUAUGACUUCGAUCGAGUCGGCACUCGCAGGCCUCACUGGUAUGCUGGGAGGUCAUGGAUCCGGCGCACCCUCUGCACAUCGAUCCAGAUUGGCAGUGCAGCCGGGCGAGUCGCAGACGCGUCAACUUAUGGAAAUGGGCUUUCCUCGAGCCGCAGCAAGAGCAGCGCUUUCGAGAUGCGCUAAUAAUCUCACCUUAGCGACUGACUAUUUGUUGACACAUCCCGAAAUUGUAGCCAACCCAGGGCCAGACCUUGAUCCGGCGCCGGAAGAGUCGCAGCCAUCAGAUACCACCAACGAGACUGACAGCGCCGCUGCAGAAGCGUCUGGUGCCAAUACUUCGGCCGUUGCGUCCAGCUUUGACGGCCAAACGCCUGCUCAGCAACCCGAGACUUCAGGAGACACGGCUUCCGGUGCAGUUGCUGCAAGCGAUCCUGAUGUGCAAAUGACAGAGAGCGGUACAGACGCAAGUCCAGCGACUGGCAGCUCCGCCGAGCAGCAGGUCUCGUCUCUGCUGCAGGCGCUGAACGCUGUCGAGUCCCCGGUUGAGGAAGGACAAGCAAAGGACGAUAAAGCUACCAGCACACAGGUUGACACAGCAGCUAUCGAAGCCGCGAAAGCGCGCAAAGCCUCUCUGGACGCAGCCCGGGCGAGCUUGCAUGAUGGUCUUAUGUCUCGCGUACUCAGCCUCGCAGAUCGACAUGGCUCGUUAGUCUUCGAAGCCAAGUCAUUGUUCAAGUUGCUUGCCAAGGACGAGAGCCAGAAACAGGCAGCUCUGGACGCGAUUCUUGAGGAUCUACAAAAGGAUCGACUAGACGCUCUCCGAAACGACGUAGGAGAAGACGCUACAGAGCGCCGCCUGGCUGUGCGCCUUCGCCUGACGGCUAUCCUACUUACGGACUCUGCCGCUGCCCCUUUGCUCGGCUCUGCGACAAUUGCCUUUGUCAUUACAGCAGCCGCCGAACUUGUUGGCCGCGCGAAGACGACCGAAGCUACACCGCCUUGGCGCGCCUCUCUUUUGCUCUCAGCCUCUGCAGCUUUGGGCAGGGAGACCCAGAUAAGGAAGACUGAGGUCACGACCGAGCAGGACCCUGAGAAACUUGCAGCUGUGCCGCAGCCACAGAUAUUGGAUACGCGCCAAUCCGAUACAGAAGUGGGAUACCUUUACGAGUACUGCCUCCGCUGUUUGGCAGCACCUUUGAGCCUGUCUCGAGAAGAGCUACUCGCAGUUUAUCGCCUUCUUACUGUCCUCACGCGACGACCGGAAAUGUCUCAGCGCUUGGCUCUGGACGGACAUCUGGGGGACGUCCUGAAGCCUUUCGCUUGCGUCAGCCCUUGGACGAUUGCCGGCUGUCAAGUGUUCACCGUCUUGAUCCUGCGUCAAGUCAUUGAGAGCAGGGAUCUACUCCGUGCUCUCCUCGAGCAUGAGGUUCGUGUUGCGUUUGAUGCGGCCCGAAAUCGCACCAUGGACACGAACACGUUGGCACGGCACCUCUCCUCUGCUAUGCUGCGAGACCCAGAGCUGUUUGUCGAAUUAGCCGCCGAAAAUAUGGACAUGAUAGAUUUUGUUGCUGCCAAAAGUCAAGGAAUUGUAAGACUCCGUCACGACACCAAGCCUGGGCCCACGAAGAAGGCAGGUGCGGAAGGCACCCCAGAGGUAUCUGGUGGCGAGAGGCCAAGCGGGCAAGAUCUCAAAUCCGACGGCCUCCAGACAGUGAUGGACCUCCUUGUCUCAGAAACGCUCGCGAUGGGUCCGAAGGUGAAGGACGCUCUUGCCAGCGCUAGCAACAGCGCAAGUGAGCAACACGGGGCCGCAGACGAGGCUGGGGCUCAUGCUGGCCCCAUCGAAGAGGCCGAGGUAGAUGGGAAGCCACCUUCCACUGUCCACGUAUCUUCGCCCGCCUCUUCGAAGUCCGACGACAGCGCCGACAAGAUCUACUUCUAUACCUGCUUCUUGCUGCAGUGUCUCACCGAAGUCUUGUCGUCGUACGCGCCCGCGAAGAGGUGUCUCAUUCAAACGGCUCAGCGCUCGAAGACGCAAGCGGCCGACGUUGCAACGCAGGGUCACCCUGGACUGGUCGAAUACCUUCUUGCUGAUCUAGCUCCCAUCGGCUACGUCCAGCCUGGCGACCAUUCCCACAUGCGACGCAGCAUGAGCAUCUCAAAUUGGGCAAUGUCUUUGCUCGUUGCCGCUACUGCGGAUGUCAAGCAUCACAGCGGCAUCACAGAGGUCUUGCCCGUGCUGGUAGAGGUGCGGAGAUUCGUUCUGGAUGCCACAGCCAAAGCUAUUCGCGAGGUCGCGAGCUUCAAUGAAGUGGUGGAGAUCCGCUAUGGUCGCUUGUAUGCGCUUGCAGACCUUUGCUACCGGCUCCUGACCGCGAGACCGAAUCACACGCAUCCCACUUCCAGCGCUACAUCCGUGCGACCCUCUGAGGACAUCGCUUUGCACAUCGCCAAGACAAUGCUGGAGAAGAAUUUCGUUUCUGUGCUCACUACAGCGCUAUCCGAAGUCGAUCUUGAUCUGCCCAUGGUCAAGCCCUUGCUGGAUCGCAUCCUCAAGCCGCUCGAACACCUUACCAAAGCAGCCAUCAAGAUGGGCAAGUCCAGUCGUAAAACGGCGCCCGAUGAAUCGCGCAGGGAAACUCGAGCGCUCGAUGCUCAAGGGGCUGAUGCGAGCCACGAUGCCCAUUCUCAGGCUGGUGUUGACGCGAUGGAGGUGGACUCGGAAAGCGAUGAUGACGGUGAAGAACUUACCGAGGGUGAAAGCGAACACGAAGGUACGCCUGAUCUGUACCGCAACAGCGCCCUUGGCAUUCAUCAAUCCGAAAAUUUCACCGAGCACCGCGGAGAUUCGGAGGAAGAUGAUGAUUCCGAAGACGAGGACAUGGAGCAAAUGGAGUACGAAAGCGAUGCUGACGCCAGCGAUCGCAGUGACUCGAGCUCUGAUGAGGAGGGCGACGAGACUAUUGAAGAAGUGAUGGAAAUUGACGCUUACGACAGCGACGAAGACGGCGAGUCUGGUGAGGAAGACAGCGAGGGCGAGGACGAGGAUGCUGAGAUGGAGGAUCUCAGCGAUGAAGAAGGGCAUGAAUGGGUGACGGAUGAUGAGGAGGAAGGUCAAGACGACCCUGCGGUGUAUGACGAGCACCCUCUGGACUUUGUUCUGCAGAACAACGAUGGCGAACAGGACCUAGAUGAAAGGCCGGAAGACUUCUUUGCUCUGGAAGGCGCAUUCAUUGAUGCAGCACACGACCCACGCCACCUUGCGGAUGAUGCUGUCGGUGAUGGCAUAGAUGACAUGGGCGACGACGAGGAUGUCGACGAAGAAGCAGACGAAGUCUCGGUCGAUUCGUACGAGCAAGAUGACCUCGCCCAAUUGGAGUUCACAGGAGGCCCUUCGCUCGCGGGACCGCCGCAGGAUCGCUUCGGAGCCAAUUGGGGAUGGACACAGAUGCCUGCCCUUCCUCGCCCUACUACUGGCAAUCGCGCGCAACCCAUGCCGAUUCCCGCUUUCUUGAACCCUUUGCAAGGCGACCCUUCUGCUCCCACCGGCGCACACAGACGACACACACGCCUUCUCGACCUCGACGCACCCAUGCCAGCGCACCUGCACCGCACCACUGGUGGUCAUCCUGCAACCGAAAGUAUCACUUCUCAUCCUCUACUGGUCGACCAAGAGAGAGCCAGUCCCGCAAGUCGUCCCAGCGCUUCUCGCGAACGCGUUCUUGGCACUCACCAUCGAGGUCACACUGACUGGGCCCAAUCUCUGGAAGAGCUCAUGGCUGGGGGAGGUGGCACCAUGGAUCUCAUCAGUAGUCUGCUCACGCGAUCCGGUGUCAUGCCAACCGACGGCCUACGAGUCACGCUUUCGCAGAAUGCUGACGGUCAGCCAGUUGUCAGCAUGGAAGGUGGUGGACCUGGCGACGGCCCUCAUACUCUGACUGGUCAUGGUCAUCUGCGUGCGCCACAUCGGCAUGCUGAUGCUGCCCACAGCCAGCGCCGCAGCCCCCAACGAACGGAUCUUGUUGCUCUAGUGCAAGAAUUCUUGCCCGUGCCGACGUCACAGCGGUGGUCAGAAGCUGCUCGCCUCGUGUACACUAGCGUCAGCGAAAGCGCCGAGCGACUGGUUGCACACAUCGUGAACGUCUUGCAGCUUCGCUACCGAAAAAGUCAACAGGAGCUACAGCGAAAGAAGGAGACUCAACGUCAGCUAGAGAGCAAGCUGUCGGAGUUCAGACGAGAGAAAGCAAGGCUUGCUGCGGAGCUGGAAGAGGCCAAGGCUGAGGAGGCAGCCGCUCGAACGGCUGCUGGCCAGCCAUCGCGGUCGGUGACCGAGAGCGGGGCAGACUCUGAAGCACCUGCUGGAUCCAGCAGCAAUGCUGACAGCACUGAAGACGACGACGAGCAGGCGCGGAUGGCGCAAGCUAUUGCGCUGUCCCAGACAGGCCAGACUGGAGGAGAGGAUGUCGAGAUGGAAGCGACUUCCGCCGCCGCCGAGGCUCAGCAACCGCGACGGUCGGGGCAAUCCACCCCUUCAGCGGACUCUCGUCAAGCGAACAUGGAGCUCGAGUCGCUGCAGAGGAGCCUUGGAGAGCUGGAGCGUCGGGAUGGGGCCGAGCAGCCGGGCGGCACAGCGUCCGCGCGGACGAAUGCAACGCAACAGACCACGUCCAUCGCCUCCGGAUCUGAACAAUCCGCCGGGCCCCGCCUGACGACCACGAUUCGAGGACGCACGGUCGACAUCACUGACUCUGGUAUUGACCCGACUUUCCUUGAGGCUUUGCCGGAUGACAUGCGCGAGGAGGUCGUCAAUCAGCAUUUCCGGGAGCGCCGCGCCGGCGCCAGCAUGCCAGCAUUGACUGACUCCAGCAUCGCACCCGAGUUCCUUGAAGCACUUCCACCAGAAAUCAGAGCGGAGGUCAUGCGCGCCGAGGCAGCUGAGGCUCAGCGCACCGCCCAGGCAGAACGCAGCGAAGCCUCCACCAGGAAUGAAGCUUCGGCCUCUCGACCUGCUCGCGACGCUGCUCGGUCGGACGAAGUGGAUCCCUCUUCGUUCAUUGCCACCCUGGAUCCCGGUCUCCGGGAUGCGGCUUUGGCGCAACGCGACAACACUGUCUUUGAUCGCCUUCCAGCCGGCGUAGCUGCCGAGCUUGACCACCUGAGGCGUGUCAGGCAAAAUCAAACGGCGGAUGGUCAGACAGUUAGCAACACUAUUGUGCAGCGCAGAGAAGUUCCAGCUUCGACGGUCGCUGGACAACAUCAAAAUUCGUCCAGAGACGCCAUACAAGUCUUGGACAAAUCUGGCGUAGCGACGCUCGUGCGCCUACUGUUCUUCCCUCAGAUGAGCAGUCGUUCAACAGUACUCCACAAAGUGCUUGCGAAUGUGCAAGAGAAUGCGCGAACCCGAGAGGAACUCCUCAAUCUGCUUUUGAUGAUUCUGGCUGACGGCAUCACGGAUACGCACGCGGUAGACAAGUCGUAUGCAUCUAUGAGCGCUCGAGCUGUCCGUACAAGUCAGCUGUCGACUGGCACGCCCGCGCGACCUGCCCCCAAGAGGCACCACACAGCGCCCGGUGGUCAUCCGACUACCCCAUCUCAGCCUACCUCUGCGGCUCCCCAGCCGCUCAGCGCGCCCAUUUCGCGCACUGGUGAGGAGGCGCCGUUCUUGAUUGCGAGCCGCAGCAUCGACACGCUUCUGCAUUUGACUCACAGCAGCGAGCAGACCGCCUGGUAUUUCUUGCGCGAAGACGUGCGAGGACCCAAGAAGAUUGCUAAAGGAAAAGAGAAAGCCGACACUUCUCAGACUGCAAAGGAGCCGCGCGCACCAAUCAACAUUCUCCUGGGCUUGUUGAACAAACAAGCCAUCUUGGGCAACCCUCAACUCGUAGACUCGCUGGUUGCGCUCUUGAGUUCUGUAACGAAACCUUUGACAAAUCUUCCGCAAGCUGAAGUCAAGGAGACAACAAAGAAGGAUGAUGGGCCUGCAGAAGACUCGAAUGCAUCAGGUGCCCCCACAGAGGCUCUCAGCACUGGCCCGGCCGAGGCUCAACCGGCCCCCACAAGAAUCGAGGCUUCUUCCGCGAACCUGGGCACGCCGGCACAAUCCUCAUCGCAGCCGUCAGGAGACUCGCCACCCGUCACCGUAAUGCCCGUCAUUCCGGCAGAGCGCAUCGCCGUUGUCGUCAAGCCCUUGGGCACCGCCAUCAGCUCUCGUGGCUUCCAGCACACGCUCAGCAUCGCCUCCAACCUGACGGUAGUGCCUGGUGGCCGUGAUGUCAUUAUUGGCUCACUGAGACAAGAAGCUGAGGCGGCAGGCAAAGCGAUGGUCAAAGAUCUCGACAACUUGCUGUCCAGCCUGCCCGUUCCUCCGAAAUCUUCUGACGAUGACGAUCAGGUGGACAGCGAACAGGCUAGAGUGCAGAGUCCUGUACUUUCCGGCCUUGCUGACGGCGCUAACUCGCAAGCUGUCCUCUUGCGUUCGCUGCGCGCCAUCGAAUGGCUAACGCAUCAUGAGGCUACAGCUUCAGCCUGACACUCAAUGAUUAGAUCAAUGUCGGGAUGAUACUUCACCAAAGAGCAUGUCGCUUUUUGCCCUUGCGCCGCAAUGUAAAUGGCUGAAUCGAUUA